AUGUUGGAUUAUCCGGAUAAUGUGCCACCUCGUUUUUUCAAAGAGUCUAACAGUGUACUCUCAGAACCUUUAAGCAUUCUAUUUAAUCACUCUUUGAAAUGCGGCACUGUUUCGAAACCCUGGAAGGUCUCAUCAAUAACACCAAUAUAUAAAUCAGGAACAAAACAAUUUGUAAGGAACUAUAGGCGCAUAUCCAUGCUGAACGUCACUUCUAAAAUGUUAGAUAGUUUUAUAGCAGAUUGUCUAAAAGAUUCUUUUAAUAAUGGUUUUAUUGACAAACAGCAUGGCUUCCGGCCUAGUAGAUCCACAGUUGCAAAUCUCAAAGUUUUUAGAGAAUUUGUUACAGAAACUGUGGAUAAGGCUCAUCAGGUAGAUGCGAUAUACACUGAUAUCGCAAAACCAUUCGAUCGCGUAAACCACGACAUCCUUUUGUAUAAAUGA